CCCACUGAGCCACCCAGGCGCCCCUCUUGAUUCCUUUUUAACUAACAUCCCCUUUCAGAUACUUCAGUGGGCCUGGUGGGUUCGUGUCCAGCGCAUGUCAAACUGGCUCCAGCCCCUGCAUCAGCUUCCUGAGUGGGCGGGACCCUCCCAGGGGCCUCCUGCCUUCUCUUUCUGGGUCCACUGCGUGGCUGGGAGCCUCGAGAGCUUGUCUUCAGCCUAUCGGUAGCUUCUGCCACGUUGGUGUGAACCUCACACACCCUCUCUUGACCUGCGGGGCUGUGCGCUUUCAUCCCAUCUCUCCAUCUUCCCCACGGGUCUGUUCCUCUACCUGUGUUUCUUUGUAAAGGCCUCGAGUUACGUGUGCUGUUCUCUCUGCCCAAGGGCUCCUUCCCAGGUCUUCUGGUAGCUGCCGCCUUCUCAUCUUUCCCCUGGCUCCCGGUAGCCAUCAGGGAGCCCUGACCCCUGCCGCCACUGCCCUGCUGUCCUGAGAUGUGCUUUUGCACCUGCUUCGUCCUGACAGCCUCUCAGGCAGAGCAGGUGCUCCCACCACAGCGGGUGGUGCCCUGUAUGUUCAUCACUGUGACGUUGGCCAGCCAGGUCUGAGGGCCCAGGGGUUCCUGCAGGACCCGCCAGAAGGGUCCUUGCCUUCACAUAGGACGCAGAACCAGACACGAGCCAGGAGGAAGUGAGAGCAGUUUACUGAGUGUGUAAAUGAGAGGCUGUAUGGAGCCUUUGGGAAACUCAGAAAGGAGAGAAGAGUGAGUCUCUCCUCUGCUUGGGGUCUGAGGUUUUUACUGAGGACUGGGGUCUGGUGUAUACAUCCUCUCCGGUAUCCAGGAACUGCCCAGAACAAAGGUAAGUGUCUAGGUGUCCUCCAUAAAUCGGUUAGUCCCUGGAACCAGGGGGUCCUGGCGUCACAGCGUCUAGAGUCUGUGGAUGGAAUGGGCACGGGACAGCCUCGCCCAGUCACUCCUUGGAAGUUAUCUACUACGCUGGGAGACCACAAAGAAAUCAUUAACUCUUUGACCUUGACCCGUGAGGACAGACGUUAUUGGCACGUGCGGUUGGGGGUGCAGAGCCUAGCAAGGGAAGACCGAGAAAAAGAGCAAAAAAGCAGUUCUUCAUGGGACUUUGCAGUUUCCUGUGUCCCGUGUUUCCCAUCUGACUGCUGUGGGCUGGGAGAGUCUUCACGAGGCCCAGGAGUGUUGGAGGUCACCUUCGAGUUGGCGCUGCUGCACCCCUUAGGUCUUUGCUGUGGCCCCCGGAGCCCCCAGGAUGUUUCACGGGAUCCCCGCCGCUCCGGGCAUCGGAGCGCCUGGAAACAAGCCGGAACUCUACGAGGAAGUGAAGCUGUACAAGAAUGCCCGGGAGCGGGAGAAGUAUGACAACAUGGCCGAGCUGUUUGCCGUAGUGAAGACGGUGCAGGCCCUGGAGAAGGCAUACAUCAAGGACUGCGUCACCCCCAACGAAUACACCGCCGCGUGUUCCCGGCUCCUGGUCCAGUACAAAGCCGCCUUCCGGCAGGUUCAGGGCACAGAAAUCAGCUCUAUUGAUGAAUUCUGCCGCAAGUUCCGCCUGGACUGCCCGCUCGCCAUGGAGAGGAUCAGGGAGGACCGACCCAUCACCAUUAAGGACGACAAAGGCAACUUGAACCGCUGCAUCGCCGACGUGGUCUCGCUCUUCAUCACAGUGAUGGACAAGCUGCGCCUGGAGAUCCGUGCCAUGGACGAGAUCCAGCCUGACCUGCGGGAGCUGAUGGAGACCAUGCAUCGCAUGAGUCACCUGCCCCCGGACUUCGAGGGCCGCCAGACUGUGAGCCAGUGGCUGCAGACCCUGAGCGGCAUGUCGGCCUCCGACGAGCUGGAUGAUUCCCAGGUGCGCCAGAUGCUCUUCGAUCUGGAGUCGGCCUACAACGCCUUCAACCGCUUCCUGCACGCCUGAGCUGUCCGGCCCGGGGUCCCCGGGAGGGCUCUGCUGCGCGCCACGGGCCUGUCGCCCGG